GUGGUGUCGUCUCACUGUGUGUGUGUGUGUGUGUGUGUGUGCAGUGUGGAGAGCACGGCUCUGAGGCUCAUCACGGCUCUGGGCAGUUCAGAGGUUCAGCCUCAGUUCACACGCUUCCUCAACGACCCUAAAACUGUGCUGUCGGCGGAGUCCGAGGAGCUGAACCGAGCGCUCAUCCUCACGCUGGCUCGAGCUACACACGUCACAGAUUUCUUCACUGGCUCGGACUCUAUUCAGGGCACCUGGUGUAAAGACAUCCUGCAGACCAUCAUGAACUUCACACCUCAUAACUGGGCCUCUCACACACUCAGCUGCUUCCCUGCUCCGCUGCAGGCGUUCUUCAAGCAGAAUAAUGUUCCUCAGGAGAGCCGCUUUAACCUGAAGAAGAACGUGGAGGAGGAGUACCGCAAGUGGAAGUCCAUGACCAACGAGAACGACAUCAUCACGCACUUCUCCAUGCAGGGCUCUCCGCCGCUGUUCCUGUGUCUGCUGUGGAAGAUGCUUCUGGAGACCGACCACAUCAACCAGAUCGGCUUCAGGGUGCUGGAGCGCAUCGGGGCGCGGGCGCUGGUGGCCCACGUCAGGACCUUUGCAGACUUCCUGGUGUACGAGUUCUCCACGUCAGCGGGGGGGCAGCAGCUGAACAAGUGCAUCGAGAUUCUCAACGACAUGGUGUGGAAGUACAACAUCGUGACCCUGGACAGACUCAUCCUCUGCCUGGCGAUGAGGAGUCACGAGGGGAACGAGGCUCAGGUCUGCUACUUCAUCAUCCAACUGCUCCUCCUCAAACCCAACGACUUCCGCAACCGCGUGAGUGACUUUGUGAAGGAGAACGCUCCAGAACACUGGCUGCAGAGCGACUGGCACACCAAGCACAUGACCUACCACAAGAAGUAUCCCGAGAAGCUGUACUUCGAAGGCCUGGCGGAGCAGGUCAACCCCCCCAUUCAGCUGCAGUCCCAGUACCUGCCCAUCUACUUCGGGAACGUGUGCCUGCGCUUCCUUCCCGUGUUCGACAUCGUCAUCCAUCGCUUCCUGGAGCUGCUGCCCGUGUCCAAGUCUCUGGAGACGCUGCUCGACCACCUGGGCGGGCUCUACAAGUUUCACGAUCGUCCGGUGACGUACCUGUACAACACGCUGCAUUAUUACGAGAAACACCUGCGAGAUCGCACCAACCUGAAGAGGAAGCUGGUCCACGCCAUCAUGAGCUCGCUCAAGGACAACCGCACCCCCGGCUGGUGUCUCAGCGAGACCUACCUGAAGUGUGGGAUGAACCCCCGAGAGGACAACAUCUGGAUCCCUGACGACACCUACUACUGCAAACUCAUCGGCCGGCUGGUGGAUACCAUGGCAGGCAAGUCCCCGGGGCCGUUCCCCAACUGCGACUGGCGCUUCAACGAGUUCCCCAACCCGGCGGCGCACGCGCUGCACGUCACCUGUGUGGAGCUCAUGGCUCUGGCUGUGCCCGGCAAAGACGUGGGCAACGCCCUGCUCAAUGUGGUGCUCAAGAGCCAGCCGCUGGUUCCCCGUGAGAACGUCACGGCCUGGAUGAACGCGAUUGGACUGGUCAUCACUGCUCUGCCUGAGCCGUACUGGAUCGUCCUCCACGACCGCAUCGUGAGUGUGAUCAGCAGUCCGGUUCUGAGUUCGGAGUCGGAGUGGGUCGGGUACCCCUUCCAGCUGCUGGACUUCACCGCGUGCCACCAGUCGUACUCAGAGAUGCACUGCAGUUACAUUCUGGCGCUCGCACACGCCGUCUGGCAUCACUCCAGCAUCGGCCAGCUCUCCCUCAUCCCCAAGUUCCUGUCGGAGGUGCUGAAACCCAUCGUGAAGACUGAGUUCCAGCUCUUGUACGUGUAUCACCUGGUGGGGCCGUUUCUGCAGCGCUUCCAGCAGGAGAGGACCAGAUGCAUGCUCGAGAUUGGAGUGGCGUUUUAUGAGAUGCUCCAGGCUGUGGACCAGCACAUUAAACACUUGUCCUAUAUGGACCCCAUCUGUGACUUCCUGUACCACAUCAAAUACAUGUUCACCGGGGACAGCGUUAAAGACCAGGUGGAGAGGAUCAUCUGCUCUCUGAGGCCGGCGAUGCGCCUGCGCCUGCGCUUCAUCACACACAUCAGUAAGAUGGAGCCGGUGCCGACAGCGAGCAGCGUCUCUCAGACCCCGAGCGUCUCGUCCCCCGCGGCCCCGAGCGGAGCCGGACCCUCCAGUGCUCCUCUGUCUGUGUCCCAGUGACCAGCGCUC